UCUUCAGAUCAAUUCACAAACUCACAAGCAUUUCCAUCAGUGAGAGUGAAAUAAUAUCAUUUCUUCCUAGCUAGUUCAUUUCCUCUGAUAUAAAAGUCAUGGGUGUCACCUGCUUCACUCAAGAGUUCACGACCUCGGUCGCACCAUCUCGGAUGUUCAAGGCCCUCAUCCUUGACUCCCACAACCUCAUCCCCAAGAUUGUUCCACAGGGCAUCAAGAGCAUCGAGUUUGUUGAGGGCGAUGGAGGUGUUGGUAGCAUCAAGCAAACCAACUUCCCUGAAGGUGGCCAUUUCAAGUGUUUGAAGCACAAGAUCGACGCUCUUGACACGGUGAACUAUGUCUGCAAAUACACCCUGAUUGAGGGCGACAUCAUAUUUGAUAAGCUUGAGAAGGUCGCCUAUGAGGUCAAGUUCGAGGCCUCGAGCACCGGUGGAUGCGUCUGCAAGAUGACCAGUGAGUACCACACCAAAGGAGAUGUGGAACUCAAGGAAGAGGAGAUCAAGCAGGGCAAAGACAAGGCCAUGGGACUGUACAAGGUUGUCGAGGAAUACCUUGUCGCGAAUCCCGACCUUUACGCCUAAAUGUGUGCUUUCAUGUAAUAUCUUGAUGGAUGUGAAUUUGCGUGUGAUUGAUUUCUUUUCCCUUUUUCCUUGGAUUGUUUUUGGUUGAACAAUAAUUUGGGGGACGUAAUGCAAAUUCAGGGCAUUUUGUCUCCUCUAAUAAUGUGAUAAAUUUAUACCAUUAUUGGAAUAUGAUGGGCCUACAUCUGAAUUGUAUGAAUAAAUAUAAAUAUUUACAUUAAUUUACAAUAAUUGGACUACUAUUUCGUUGGAA